CAGCUGACGAGGGAAGCAACAUGGCCACAGAAAGUUUCCCUGUCAUCCAGCAAAUAGGCAGGAGUACGGAUGCCAAUAAUACCGAUGUGUGGAACGCCAUGUAUCACCCAGACCUGGAACUAGCUGCCACCUGCCUGGUGAGAGAUCAGAAUGGCAACAGUUUGGAAUUUGGGGACUUAUACCGAGAUAGAAAAGCCAUCAUAAUCUUUGUGCGGAAUUUCCUCUGCUAUACAUGUAAAGAAUAUGUGGAAGAUUUGGCUAAAAUACCGAAAAGCUUUCUACAGGCUGCAGGUGUAAGACUUAUUGUCAUUGGGCAGUCAUCCUAUCUACAUGUACAGCAAUUUUGUGCCUUAACCAGAUACAAUCAUGAAAUAUAUGUCGAUACUAACAGAGAUAUCUAUUGCAAACUGGGCAUGAAAAAAGGAGAGUCUUCUAGUUCAGCAAGAAGCCCCCAUGUGAAAUCGAACAUGAUCACUGGAAGCAUCAAAAGCCUCUGGAGAGCAAUACAAAGCCCUGCUUUUGAUUUCCAAGGGGAUCCAGCACAACAAGGUGGAGCAUUAAUAGUAGGGCCAGGUAACAGAGUCCAUUUCCUGCAUCGUGAUAUGAACAGAUAUGACCAAGUGCCUAUUAGUACCCUGCUUUGUCAUGCAGGGGUGCAAACAGUCCAUUUUGGGGAAAAGCCACAAAUACUAGAAUGUUCUGUUUGGAGUAAAUAUGAUGGUCCUGAAGAAGAAACGGGAAGCGAGAAGAUAAAUGGGAAUGUCAGCCGUGAUGGUGCCUAUAUACAGUCUCACUAUACAGCCUACAGAGCGUGGACAGAUCUUACGAAUCAAGAAUAGCUUGGUCAAGAAUGAAAAUGCUGUGUGCAUAGACCUUCUACUUAACAUUUUCAGGAAAUGGGUAUUUUCUUUUCUUUUCUUUUUCCGUUUCCGUUUUUUACCCCCAGCCUUCCCAGAUCCAUAACUUUUUUUAUUUUUCCAUUAACAUGGCCAUAUGAGGACUUGCUUUUGUGGGAAAAGUUGGACGUUCUAGUGGCAUACAAUGUAGUGGGAAGCUGGAAAAAAAACAAAUUUCACCACAGUUUUAUGGGUUUCGUGUCUACAGCAUUCUCACUUAGGGCUCAUGCACACAAAUGUUUUUUGGGCGUC